CAGGUACAUAUUCAUUUAUCCCUGACGGUGGUUUUGUUGGCACAAUAUUCAUUAAUGCUCUCAGCAGUCUUCUAACAACUGUUGCCACAAACGUUACCUUAGAGGUAAAACCUUCUCAAAUAUCGACUGUUCUCGAUGAAAAAUACACAACAUUGUAUGAAACCGAAAAGUUUGAUGAUAACAGUUUAAAGAUUCACAUUGGUUCUGUUACCUAUGAUCAACAAAAAAGUGUCAUUGUACCGAUAAUGAGUGAUGCAACACAAGUGUCUUUUGCACUUCAUUAUACAUCACCGCUCAAGAAAGAAUCUACAAAAAUUUCGGUUGAAAAAGGAACAGCAAACGUUAACGGGUUUUUGAUUGAUCACUAUCGAUUAGAAUUCGUUAAUACAGUGAGAACAGCAAUGAAUUUAAUGAAAAGUGACAAGUUUGAUAAUGCUCAAAGCAUAAUAAAAACAUUGGCGAAAGAUAUGAAAUCAUCAACGGUUGCCAAAGAGCCGUUUAUCGUUGAUUUGUUGAAAGAUUUGGAAGGACAAGUUACCGAGGCAAUAUCAAAGAAGGAAUGGUUUGAACGAUGGGGAAAACUGUAUUUACCGUCGCUUGCACGUGCUCAUCUCAUGCAAAUUUGCAACAAUUUCAAAGAUCCAGGCGUUCAACAUUAUGGUGGUGAAUUGUUUAAUCGUCUCCGAGAUGAGAUUGAACAGAUAUUUAUCGGUCUCCCUUCACCCAAACCAUCAGCUCGUCCUGCAGCUGAACCUGUUCCAAUGAAUACCUAUAUGAACUAUUCAGCAGGCUGCUUUCACGGUAAUUGCAUCGUGACUCUAAAUAAUGGUCAAACUAAAUUACUCAACAAAAUUCAACGAGGUGACAUUUUAAGUGGUGGCGCUCGUGUUGUUUGUGUCGUUGAAACUUUGUGUAAUAGUGAAACAGUUAGUAUGAUUAAAUUUGACCAAAGCGGUCUCUUGAUUACUCCUUGGCAUCCUGUAAGAAUCAACGGUACCUGGAUUUUCCCAGAUGAUAUUGGAAAAAGAAUUGAAAUAGAGUGUGAGUCGGUAUUCAAUUUAGUGUUGAAUAGCGGACAUAUCGCCCUAAUCAAUGGUACUGAAUGUGUGACACUCGGUCAUGGUUUUAAAGAAGAUGUAGUAGCACAUGAAUACUAUGGUACAAAGAAGGUUUUAGAUGAUUUGCGUGAGUUUGAUGGUUUUGAUGAGGGUCACGUGAUAGUCAAGCCUCAAUGGAUAAAACGAGAUCAGAAGACGGGAUUGUUAAUUGAGAUUAAUGAAGUAGAUACAGAAAUGACAACAUUAAUGAAAUGUUUGCAGUCGAAAUUAGGUAGUGAUACAAGUCCAUUAAUGAAAUUGGGUAUAUUUUUAGCAGAAAUGGGUGAAUUAGAUAAGGCAGAGCGAUACUAUCGCAUGCUUUUGAAUCAAUUACCAUCUGAUCAUGACAACGUUGCAUGCAUUCAUAGCAAAAUUGCUAUACUAUAUUCACAUCGAAUGUAG